UAAUAAAAAGGUAAAUUUGAACUCACAAACUAAAGACGCCGGUCAAGGAGUGUUUACAAAAAAGCGAACGAAGGAGUUGUGCAAAAGUAUUUGUAUAAAACACGUGCAUAUCAAAAAUAUGGUUUUGGCAAAAGUGCCACUUACUCCACAAUGGAAUUUAACAAACGGAUGUGUUUGCACACCGGAUGGUGGUUUCCUAUAUGUAGGAUCACGCAGCAUUAACUACGUUGGUCCAAUUCAACAAGUUGAUGGUGCAGACGGUAUAAAAGAACCGCCAGAAAUUAAAGUUUUCCAUACACGUCAAAGUAUACUGAGUAUAGAUAUAGAUCCGGGUUGGCCAGGAUCAGUAAUAAAAGCAGCCGACAAUGCGACUGAAGUGGCGAACACACACAACAAUGCCAAGUAUUUCGCAGCCUUAGCACAGGAUAAUUCAGUGCAAAUUUGGAAUUUCGAUUUGGGUUGUGCGAUGAGCGGCCAUAAGGCACACUUCAGCACAGCGUUGUAUAUGGAGGGUAAUGGACCAUCGCCGCAGGGAGAUCAUGUGCUUCUAAGUUAUAUGCGCAAUCGCAAUGUGCUUUCGAUUAAUGCACAAGAUAUUGUAGUGUAUUGUGUGGCUUCAAAUACUUAUUGUCGCCGACCGAUGUUUAUUUCAAGCAGAAAUCAAACGCUAACGGUGUUGCGCUGCUCGCCAUACAAUGAACAUAUCUUUGCUGUAGGCACAAAUCGUGGUUUGGUUGUAAUUGGUGACUUACAAAGCAUGAGCACGUUGUAUAUGUUGCGUGGCCAUGAGACUGCGAUAACUUCACUGUCUUGGCGUCCACUAGAUAUUGAACCGUUUAAACAACAAAACACUGCACAAAUUGACGAAGCGCAUACAGAAGUAAAAAAUGAUGUGCAAAAAGUUUCCACUGAAGAACCACAACAGCUAACUGAGGAUGCAAAGCAAACAAAGACUGCGCCAAAGCAAAAUGCUAAAACACAAAAGAAUUCGAAAAAAUCGAUAAUGCCAGUUGGUAAUGAUGACAUCUUUGACAUCUACGAUUACGACUAUUUGGAUAACGAGUUUGGCGCACCCACAGAAACGGAGAAGAAAUUUAAGGAAACAGCGGAAGAAUUUGUUGUUGAUAAGUCCAUGGAAUGUGGUCCAACAACAGAAUUCGAUUUUGUCGAAGCAUGUAAUAGUCUCAAAGGCGAAAUUGACGCUUUGAAGCAGGAGCAAGAUUAUGGUGAUGGUGAUGCCAAACAAUUGCCCGAUGUCACACUGGCCGAUUGCCAAAAGGUGGCUUGUGCAGACGAUUUAUCUUCAAGCUGUGGUGAUGACAACAGUGGUGAGUCAACUGAAGGUAGUUUGGAUUUGGCUGAGCGUUGUUCGUCGGACGAUGAGGUUUGUGUCGAUGGGGGAGACUUAAAUAAAAAACAACAAAUACUGCAUCAGGCCGAGGUGCAUGCAGAGCAAUCCAAUGAUUUAGAAAAGAAAGAAAUUAAAGAAAAGUCGGAAGUUUUAACAACUAAGCCUGUGGCAGACGAUAACAUUGAUAAAAACAGCACUAAGACAUCAGUUGAAGUGAAGGUUGAAGAUAAACGCACGGUUUCUGAAAGCAAUUCCGAACAACCAUCCAUUGACGGCGUCGCAUCUCAAGCCAACUCGUACACUGCCGAAAAGAAAGCAGCACAACAGCCCACACUCUUGGCGUCCGCUAGCAUUGAUGGCAACUUUUGGAUUUGGAACACCAACACCGGCGCAAGUUGUGAUCGUAUGCGCGCCAUAAGUACCGGAAAACAUGGCAAAAAUACCAGCAUACACAUUGAUUGGCUGAGCUCAACCGAAUUCCUUACCACAAAUAAAACUGGCGAGCUAACACUUUGGUACAUGGUGCAAACAAAUCCAACUGAAACCAUAAAUACGCAUCAACGUCAACGCUACAAGUUCAAAGCAGACACUAAAAAGUCUUUCCAACAGCGCAGCGUCAUGUCCUUCAGCAUUUCGCAUGCCAACAACUUGUUGUGGUGUUUGUCGUCAUAUCGUGAAAUCAGCUGCGAGCAUUUGCAGUCGGAAAAGCUAUUGCUCAAAUAUUGUUGUUCUUCCACUAAUGUUUCGGCGAUGCGUGAGUGCCCGGAUGAUAUGAAUAAAAUUGCUUUGGCUUUCUCCGAUCGUCGUGUUGGUAUCAUUGACAUAUCAAAGAUGUCUGCCACUAAUGUGUUCAUCGAAAAUUUCGUAUCACGCGUUGAUGCUUCCGUGUUGGCGCUUGUUUGGAGUCCGGAUAGUAAGCGUUUGGCAUUUGGCACGUUGGAGGGCAGAGUUGGCGUCAUUAAUGUGGAGUCGGGUAAGCCCACCACCACAUUCCACCCCUUCUGUGGCAAGCCCAUUUAUUCCAUUGACUGGCAAGGCGACCAUAUAUUCGUGGUUUGCAAUGACAUUUUGGCCGUUUACGAAACAAAUUCAGAGCAAAAAGAUGCACACAUCAUUCGUGAGGUUAAAAGCAUCUCAACCGUAUCGAUACAUGAUGGCAUACUUUAUGUAGGCACUCAACGUGGCCAUGUACAAGUCUACAAACGUAAUCCGAAUGUCGCAUACUGCUACUCGCUAGUACAGGACGUACCGUUAGCGCCACGUUACAUCACCGAAAUCUCAUGGAGCCCAAUCGCCAACGAUCAUGUCGCCGUUGUGGCCAAUGCCAACAACAUACACAUACUGAAGGCACAAUCGACGGAUGGUGUACUCACACCCGUGCGUCGCAUAGAGAUCAAAAACCCCAAAGCGGCCAAUGCCUGCGUCAAAUGGAGCAAUCGCAAUGCCAAUGAAUUUCUCACGUGCGGCUUCGAUGGUGGUGUACGUGUUUGGGAUCUCAAUUCUACUAAGAAUGUUGAGAAAUUUUUGAAAUUCUUUCCCUGUCCCAUGAUAUGUGGUCUGUUGUUGCCGACCGACGAGCAAAUCGUUAUGUGCGCUGGCAAAUCCACUUCCGUGGAGCUCUUCGAUAUGCGUUUGGAGGAGUCUGAGAUGUAUUCGUCGAUAAAAUGGAAGCGCACGAACACUUUGGAUCAAGUGAAGUGGGCCAUGAAGGUGGCUCCGCGCACUGAGGUGACAAAACCAUCGACGGCAACGGAGAGGCGUCGUGCCAAGCGUGCUUUAGUCGGUGGUCCAGCCGAGAACAGCGCGACAGCAGAGUGUGCGAAUGGUGCUGCGGCUGGUAAUGGUGAGGCUGGUGCUGAGGUGGCCGAUCUGUUAGGCUCACUGAAGUUGAAUGAGAAGAGAGAAGAGAAGUCGGCGACAGCCUUGGUUAAGGAAGAAGUUAAAGCGAGUAAGGAAAUGCAAGUGGCUAAGGCCAAUGAGAUGCAUUUGGACUGGACUAACGGCUCGAUCUAUAUGAGGACCCCAUCCACGGUAAUGAACUUGACAACCAAGGAGCUGAAUAAAGAUGUUCUCGAAAAAUUGAAUAUGGUUUUGAGCAACAGAGAUACGAAACCUUUGCUUCUCGCCAAAUUAUUUGGCACAAAAGCGGACGCACAAAGAUUAUUGGACGUCGAAUUAAAUACUCAUAGGACUACGAAAAGCGCUGGCGUAGCCAACUUAUUUAUGACACAGGUAAAGUCAUCGCUCAAAGAUGAGAUACUCAUUGCUAUACAAACCAAAGAACUGUGCGAAUGGCAUGUUGCCCUCGCACCAACCAUAUCAUACAGUUUUUGGCAACACGUUUGCCAAGUCUUUGCCGAGCAACUGCUGGAACAGGGCUAUGCACUGCUGGCAGCCACCUACAUCAUAGCGCUGCAUCGGCACGAGGUAGCUAUCGAAAUGCUCAUGUCAAAGUAUUACUUCAAGGAGGCGCUAUUGAUCGGACGCAUUCACUUACAAAAGGACGAUCCGUUAUUGUUGACCAUAGUCGAUAAAUGGACUUCGCAUUUGGUACUGGCUGGCAACCUUACUGGGUCGGCGUUGCUUUCCACACUCUCUGGACAGUAUAAUCGUGCGCAUGACACGCUCUCCAGAAUUCGUAAUAGUUAUCCGGAAAUCGAACGGGUGCUGGAAAUGUUGAAUAAAAAGAUGAAUGCUAAACAAUAAGGUUGAACAGUGAACACUUUGUUAUUUACAAAAACAAUACAUACAUAUGAAAAUCAUAUUUAAAUUGUACGAGUAUAUACAUUUCUCAAUAAUAGUUAUACAUAUAUUUACAUACAUACGAGUACAUACCAUUCACAUGUGUUAAAGUAUAGUAGUGUUUAAGAAUUGCUUGAAUGGCAUUGUUAUUUGUUUACUCAAUAUUUACGUUAUUAUAACGGUUAUAACGGUUCAAAAACUCUUAUUUU